AUGGCUAAAGUCAAUGUCUGUAAUGUCUUGGUACUGGAUAAUCCAACAAGAUCCAAUAAUCCCUUUCAAUUUGAAAUUACCUUUGAAUGCAUGGAAAAUUUACCUGACGAUCUUGAAUGGAAAUUGAUUUACGUGGGUUCUGCUAGUGAUGAAAAGUACGACCAGUUAUUAGAUUCGGUUUUAGUAGGACCUGUUCCUACCGGAAAGCACAUGUUUGUAUUUCAGGCUGAACCACCUGAUCCACGUAAGCUGCCGAUUGAUGAUGUCGUUGGUGUCACGGUAAUAUUAUUAACAUGUUGCUAUCGCAAUCAUGAAUUUAUUCGCAUUGGUUACUUUGUCAACAAUGAGUAUAUUGAUGAAGAAUUACGCGAGAAUCCUCCUAGUUCUCCCAUUUUCGAUAAGCUGCAACGGAAUAUCCUAGAUACAAAUCCGCGAAUAACAAGAUUCAAAAUCGAUUGGGACGAUAUUACGACCGACAACACAGAAUCUAUGGAAACUUGUUGA